AUGGCCUCGGCGGUCCUCGCUGUUCAGGGCGCCUGCCCCUCGCAGAUCCUUCUUGGGGGAGCGCCCGGGAUGGAAUCCAGGGCGGAGCGCGUCGAUGCGCCGGGCAGAGCGCGAGGAAUGCUGCCCGCCGGCCGGCGCACGCCACGCUAUCGACUGGCCGAUGGACACCGCCCACUCGCGGCCGCCGCCGCCUACGUCGCCUCCGCCGCUCCGCGCACUCGCGCCGGCCACGUGGACGCACCGGCUCUUGCG